AUGUCUCUAUGCAGUAAAAAUAAAUACCCUGAAAGUAAUCCUUUUUCAUUUAAACAAAAUAAUAGUACUUAUACGUACAAUAUUAUCAAUGAAGGAUUGUAUCCACCAGAAGAUGUUAUAUGCUACACCACUGCUUGGUCUCGUAACAAAAUCCAAUACAAAAUCUCAGAUAAUUAUCUAGUUCAAACUAGCUGGGGCAGAGGAAAGUCAAAACACAUGGUAGAAUGUGAAAUCGAAUAUGAAUCAGAUGGCCUGAUUUUUAGGAUUAGAUUUAGAGAAGGCUCUCAAGAGCAUAUAAUAGAAUUCAAAAAAUCUUUAACUAAAGUCGCUAACAAUUAUUUACAGAAAAAACAUCCUAAUACAUGUGCAAAAAUUUCUGGGAUACAUGUAUUUGGUCUUAAUGUCAAAGAUGUAGUACAAGAGCGUGAAAAAAAAAGAAAAUUUUGUUCUUUUAAACCCUUUGAUAAGUUGGGUGAAUCUAUGAAAACAAAACGGUUUCAUUUAUUUUCAGUACAACUAGGCAUAGCAUUUGAAAAUGAAAUACUCAAAUUUUAUAAUCCAAUUGAUAAACCAAUUUUACAAGAAAUUCGAUUCAAUGUUCAAAAUAAAAAAUAUUUAGCAGAUUAUAGUGAUGGAAAUACAAAAAAAAAAGAAAAGCAACAGUUGGAUGCAUUCGUUAAAGUCAUUGACAAAGGCCCAAUUUCAUGA